AUGGAUCGCAGUAAUUAUCGAGUUCAAAGAUGGACACCAAAUGCCGUCAGUGGAACAGUGGUCGCAGGAGGCAAUGGUAUAGCUAACACUUUAACACAGUUUGGUGCCAGUUAUUCAAUUUACGUUGAUGUCAACAUGACUGUAUACAUAUCCGAUUAUUCAUAUCAUCGAGUGGUAAAAUGGGUAUCAGGUGCCCCCAAUUGUACGGUAGUAGCAGGAGGGAAUGGCGCCGGCAGUUCAUUAACACAAUUGUACAAUCCAAUCGGUAUAACUGUCGAUCCAACAACAGGUAACGUGUAUGUUGCCGAUUCCACCAAUCAUAGAAUCCAACGAUGGUCACCUGGCGCAUCGCAAGGAGUGAUGGUGGCCGGUCAAACUAGUGUUUCAGG